UCCGAGCGACCACCAAAUUCGAAACGCUCUCCUGCCUGCCUGCAGCAAUCUCCGAGAGAGAAAGAAAAGAAAUGGAUGCUACAGCGGUCAGCGGCAGCUGGACACGCGUCCGCACGCUGGGCCGCGGGGCGUCCGGCGCCGUGGUGUCGCUCGCCGCCGACGACCGCUCGGGCGCGCUCUUCGCCGUCAAGUCGGCCCGCGCGUCCAGUCCAAAGGAGCAGCUCCGCCGCGAGGGCACCAUCCUGUCCGCCCUCUGCUCGCCGCACGUCCUCCCCUGCCUCGGCUUCCGCGCCUUAGAAGACGAGUGCCAGCUGUUCCUCGAGUUCGCCCCCGGCGGCACGCUGGCCGACGUCGCCGAGCGGCGCGGUGGCCGGCUCGAGGAGCGCACCGUCCGGGCGUACGCCGCGGACGUGGCCCGAGGGCUGGCGUACCUCCACGGGCGGUCGGUCGUGCACGGGGACAUCAAGUCGAGGAACGUCGUGGUCGGCGCCGACGGGCGGGCCAAGAUCGCCGACUUCGGGUGCGCGAGGACCGUGGGGUCCGGCCAACCGAUCGCGGGCACGCCGGCGUUCAUGGCGCCCGAGGUGGCGCGCGGGGAGGAGCAGGGCCCCGCCGCCGACGUCUGGGCGCUCGGCUGCACGGUCGUCGAGAUGGCCACCGGCCGCGCCCCGUGGGGCGACAUGGACGAGGUCCUCGCGGCGUUGCACCGGAUCGGGUACACGGACGCCGUGCCGGAGGUCCCGGCCUGCCUGUCGGCCGAGGCGAAGUGUUUUCUUUCCAUGUGCUUCGCGAGAGACCCCCGCGAUCGGUGCACGGCGGCGCAGCUGCUGGAGCACCCGUUCCUCGCGUCGGCCGGCUGCGGCGCGAAGCCCGACGAGGAGCUGGCGGUGGCGGGCAAAUGGGUGUCCCCCAAGAGCACGCUGGAUGCCGCGCUCUGGGAGUUGUCCGACUCCGACGCCGACGAAGAAGAGGACGUUUCAGAGAGCCCCGCCGAGAGGAUCAAGGCAUUGGCGUCCUCGUCCUUUCCGGACUGGGACUCGGACGAAGGCUGGAUCGACGUGCUCGGCGAGAGCUCCGAAACCAGCGACGCCGCCACGGCGGACAAGGUUCCCGAGGACGAGAUCGUUCCGGCUGAUGAAACGGUGGCGGAUUUCCCCGAUGCAUACGUGGAGGAUGCUGGUCGCAUGCCUACAGUAGGAUCAACGGCUGCUCGGUUAGCUGAGCAGCAAAAAGAGCUCUGUUCGGGUCUCCCACCUGUAUUUGCUGUCACUACCUUUUGUGAUGAAAGUGAAAUAACAGAAUCUCUAUUGCGUCAGAUUAUUAUCCUCGAGUCGAUUCAAUUCCUUGCGGUCGCGUUUAGUUUAGUUCCUCCGAAUCGGUGUGGCGUGACGCCUCCAGACACGCCACUCAUAUGGAGAUAUGCACGAACCACUGAUCAUCACUGA